AAUGUUAAGAUGAUCCCAAACCAUUCAGUUGAUUACCUGCAGUGAAUUUUUUGCAACAACUGUUUACUAGGCGUGUGUACAUUGUGAUAUCUGAAUUUAAUAUUUAUUAUGCUCUGUGCAAUUACCAUUGAUUUAAUUAAUGAAUGAAUUGAUUUAAUACCAAUUGGCUUAUUUAUGAGCUGAUCACACUAUAUGGUUUGGAUUCAUUGACUUACAAUAGUUUACUUUUGAUGUGUUACCGCCAUGGAUGAAGAGAAUGAUCAGCAGAUACUUGAUGGUAUUGAUGAGGACAUUUUUAAGGUUAAUUAUGAAGUAGGAUCAUUUGAGAGUCUAAAUUACGUCCUUGAUAAAGUUGAAAAUGAACUGAAUCUUGAUUACAUCCUUCAAGAAAAGAGGCGCUUGGAAAAACAAUUAAAUGUUGUUUCUAGACGUUUGUCUACAUCCAUUAUGGAGAAAGAAGGUGCUUAUGGUAAAGAGAUGAAACGAGUAAUAGAUAUUCAAAACAAACUGAGUGAAGCAAUUGGAAUUUGUCGGUCAGCAAGGAAAGGUUUUGACAAAGGUCGAAGUGAUUUCACCUGCGCCAGUCUAGGGAUUGUUGCCAGUUAUCGGAGAAGAGAAGGUCUUCGAGAUGUUUUGAAGUCUUUAUCAACAAUCAAAACUCUCCAGCAAACCAAUGUUCGACUAAAAGAGAUGAUUGAAGAGGAUAAUGAUCACUGUGCAGCUAUUCAAUUGUGCAUUGAGUGUCAAAAGGUUGUCAACACUUUGAAGCAUUAUAAAUGUGUUUCUGAAUUGAGCUCUAAACUUACGGAUAUGUUGGAUAUGAUCGAAGAGCACAUAGAUGCUAGCCUUUCUAAAAUGUGCCAUAAUUUUAAUGUUGAUACCUACAAGGGACUCCAAAAAGCUUACUCGUUAUUGGGUAAAACACAGACCUCUAUGGAUUCACUGUGUAUGCAUUUUGCAACGGCUAUAAGUGACAAAGCUUUUAGUGUUGUUCAUGGUUAUGUUGAACUGUGUUCAGUGGAAGCUAAAAAGAUUGAGAAUUUCCGUAAAAAAGAGUAUAAAGAACUUUGUAAAUAUGUAACCAAUGAGUGUUUUAUACCUUGUUUAAUAGAUCUCAGCAAAUCACUAUUUAACAUUUUACUCAACUAUAGACGCAUUUUAUAUUUCCAUCAAUGUGAAAAAGACACUAAUGAUUCCACUGUGUCCAAUAAUAACGAUGAGAAUACUCAUCAUCAAAGUGAACCCAAUAAUAAAUGCCAUGCAUUGAAUACGGAUAAUGAUGAUGAUGAAGAGAGAUCUGUUGCUGCAGCCACCAUUACCACAACCACUAUUGCCAAUUCUGUCUGUAAUGAAGAUCAGAGUGAUAUUGAAGAUGGUGGUGGAGGGAUAGAUGAUAAUGGUUCUGGAGAUGCCGGUGAUAAAGAUUAUCUCGGUGAAGAGGAUCGAGUUGAAGCAAACUUCAAUCGACGUUUCAUUCUGCAAAAAUUGGAACAUGGAUUAGGUCGGAUAUGGCAAGAAGCACAACAGAAAUUGCGCGCACUUGUCCAAAGCCAUGACAUGUCAAAUUGUUCUUUCGAAGAACUCAUGACAAUUCUUAGAGUAUCUCGUCGCAUGAUAGAUAUCGGAAUGGAAUUUUGUGACAAUAACUCAACCGAAUUUGAGGAAACAUUACACGAAAAGACAGUAAAUUAUUUUAACCAUUACCAUAAAACACGACUAGAUGAGCUUCGGAUGUACCUUGAAAAUGAAUCUUGGACUGUUUGCCCUGUUAAAAAUGGUUUCCAAUAUUUUGAUUUACAAGAAUUUAAAUUUCUAAAGCCUCUUCGUGCUCACUCAUUAGGUAACCUUUCUCUAGCAAAUAGUGAAACAAGCGGACCAGGAUCACCUGAAAAAUCUUCCUUUUUCCGAGAUUCAUUGCUUGCUGAUUCAUCUGGAACUAUUGAAAACCCAUUUGACAAUAUAUGCUUAGAAAAUGAAGACGCAAGUGAUAGCAUAAUACGCGAGUUAGAACGGUCCACAAAUAAAGUAGUCAGAGAUGGAACGAGAGAAACUGAUGCAGCUGAUGAUGAUACGUCUGAAGACGAAAUAGAAGACGAAAUGGCCAUGGAUUCUUCAAAAAAUAGUGACAAUGACCAAAAAGUCACAAGCUAUAAUGAAGGACCAUUGGUUACCAAUACAAGUCUCUAUGUUCUCCGUCUGAUCGGCAAAUAUAUGCAGAUAAUGUUUCUCUUGAGACAAAUAGCUUUCGAUAUUUUGUUAAGCAUAUUUCACUUAUUUGACUACUAUUUUUAUACAGUGUACACAUUUUUUGCCAAGGAGAUUAGUGAUAUUCGUAAUAAUUGUCUUUCGGUUCGUUUUAAGACUUGCCUUGUUCGUAUUGAAGAUUCAAUGAAGAAUGGCGAUUCCGAAUCAAAUGAUGACCAGCAUCCAUCAACAAUACAGUCAAUGGGACUUAUGGAUCGAACUCUUAACCCUGAAAAUCUUUAUGGACUUUCUGAAAGAAUCGUUGGAAUUGAAUCUGUAAUGUUUCUUGCAUCUCAACUUAACGUAAUUCAACAAUAUUUCCGAGAUCUUAUUCCAUCUUCAAAACAUUCAAUUCUUGACAAAUACUAUAUGCAGGCUGUAUCGGUUGCCCAGGAUUUACGUUAUCCUGGUUACAUGUUGGUAGCUAUUAGAUCAAUUAAUUAUGAAUCAAUAUUGACGACUGUGGAAAAUGUUAGAUGGGACCUUACUGAAAUUCCUUCAAUGCACAAUUCGUAUGUUGAUAGUUUACUAAAGGAAAUACAAUUAUUUUCUUCUCGAUUGGACCAAAUAUGCUCCGAAUUGGAAGCUAAAGUACCUCAAGAAGCCAAGAAUAUGUUGUGGUCAUCUGUUCUCAAGUUGGCAAAUCGUACAUUCGUUGAAGGCUUUUCAAUGGCCAAGAAAUGUACUCCCGCAGGCCGUGCUCUUAUGCAAUUGGAUUAUCAAGAAUUUUUAACCAAAGCUGAAAAAAUGACUUUAAUUAAACCAAUUCCGGAACGUGAGUUGGUUGAAGAAUAUAUCAAAGCCUACUAUUUGAUGGACGAUGCUCUCGAAAAAUGGAUCAUGUCUCGUAAUGAGUACACACAAAGGCAAUUAUUAUCACUUGUUAAUUGUAUCGCCUCUGAGAAGCGAGUUAAAAAUCGUCUUUUAGCAAUUAUUGACAGCAAAUUUGAAAAUCAAAAUUGCCUCAACACAGUAGAGGUAAAACAUUAAUUUAAAUCACCUUAGCUUUUCUCAUUUCGUCUGCCUAUUUCUCUCUUAUAUCUUCGACAUUUUUCCACUAUCUCCAUCUAUUCCUUUCUUACUUGAUUGAAGUUCUAAUGAUUCUCAAUUAUUUCAAUGUGCAAAUGUUAAUUUAAAAAAUUAAAAAUUUAUGUCUUCAAA